AUGGCCGUCAUUCCUCCAAGCUCCGGCUUUGCGCGGAAGCAAGGGGAGUCACCAGCGCAGCUCCUCAGCCCUGCCCAACGUCCAUUAUCUAAGCCCAUUCCGUCGUUCCCGGGCUUUCCAUUAGCUUGGGCCAAUGGCCGUUCCCUGAUGUUGGACUCUGCUGCUGGUCCCGGCGCUCGAUUUGCUGUCGCCGUCAUCGCUCUCUUGCCUCCUCUUCCUGUUCCUGUACUCUCGGGCCCGGAUGCUCGCCUUCGUUCCUUCUUCCUCCUUGUGCUCUUCACUGCUCUGGUAGUAGCUGCUGCCAAUCCCGCCGACGACCCUUCGUUGACCGCUAUCUUAUCGCCUGGUGGUGCUAUCCCGAUUGGGAAAUCAUACAUCAGCAGUGCCCCCACCACUCUCACCACCACCGCUCCGCCCUCUACCACUCAAAGUGCUGCCGGGGAUAACGAGGUCGGAGUCGCCCCUAAGUGCCUGCCCCCUUCCGGCUCCUCCGACGUUGCAGCACUCCCUAGUACCUAUGAGCAGAUGGUCCAGAAGACUACCGCGGCAAUUGUCACCCUCUCAUCACUCAUCGCCUAUGUGACGCUCAACAGUAUCGUCCGUGCGGUUAAACCGUCGGCCUUCAUCUGGUUUGAAGAAGAUCAUGACGAGAAGAGCUGGAUUGCUUCUUCGCACCAUUGGGUCGACAGGAAGGCCUGCCGCUGGUUCGGCAUCUGCGGUGUCGCCCACUUCCACCCUAUUCACUCACGCUUCGGCCACCAUAAGGCCGAAUCAAUGUUGCAGCUUCCUGGGGAAGACAAUCCAUCACCCUGGCGGGAGCACUGGGCCAACGAAACCGCUCAUUCCGAGGACUCAUGGGAUGCAGUAGAACGGUCCCGUCGUCAGAUUCCAGACUAUGUUCUGGAGUAUGCUCCGCUCGUGCAUCUCUUCUCCCGCGAGCAGUACUGGCCCUGCGAUAUCGCGGAGCAUCUCUAUCAUACCACUCCCAUGCUGAAUUACACUCCAAUCCAAUCGCAGUCGGAUCAUCCGACGCUACGAAACCUCGAUCAACUCAAUCAGUGGGAGGCUGGACGCAAUGUCUUCCUUACCAGCAAUGAUGAUGUAGAAGCGCGGCCUCCGUGGAUGGAAGGAGAGAAAAACGUCCCAAGCCCUCCGGAUAAUGAUCUCGAGCCGGCCUGGGCUGAUUGGGAUGGUCGGAUAGACGGUGCCUUUCCCGAUGAUACGCCUGAGAAUCGAGCCAAAUGGUACGAUACGCAGCUUCAUCUGCAGGAUAGAGAAACAGAAGACAUUCCGCUCGAUAAGCUUGGCUAUCUCAUGUCGGAUACAGAGCAUAUACGCGAUGAGCUGCGCAAGCGGUACGGCGCCGAACCUAUAUCUGCCAAGGAGGUAGGCGGGCGGAGCGAAGCGCCAGCAAUUCUACUGGUCAUUGACAAAGGUAACGGCAUUGUAGAUGCUUUCUGGUUCUAUUUCUAUAGCUUCAAUCUGGGAAAUGUGGUGUUCAAUGUGCGGUUUGGAAACCACAUUGGAGACUGGGAACACUGCCUUGUGCGUUUCCACCACGGAAAGCCGAAAGCCCUCUUCUUCAGCGCCCAUUCUGGGGGUGAAGCAUACAGCUACGAAGCAGUGGAGAAGAUUGGCCGACGUGUAAGUACAACUGCACGUGGUUUCAGGGAUGUAUUGGCGCUAAUUCUUGGUCCAAUCCAACAGCCAGUCAUAUACUCGGCAACCGGCACGCACGCCAUGUAUGCCACGCCGGGCGUACAUUCAUAUAUCCUUCCUUGGGGCCUUUUGCAUGAUGAAACAGACCGAGGCCCUCUCUGGGACCCGCGCCUCAACUCCCACAUGUACACGUACGACCACGUAAAUGACACUCUUCGCGCCUCUACCCUCAAUCCAACCGCGCCUACCGAAUGGUUCUACUUCAACGGUCAUUGGGGCGACAAGUUUUAUCCACUGGGAGACCAUCGGCAGUAUCGUUUUGCAGGUCAAUAUCACUUUGUCAACGGUCCCCUCGGCCCGCGCUUCAAGCAUCUCAAUCGCCGCAAAGUUUGCCAGACGCCCGAUGACGAGCCGUGUAUCAUCAAAGACUUCAUCGGAGAGAAAAAGCGGGCUAAGCGAUGGUCUACCUCUGGACCUCAAAACCCUUAUGAUCAUGUCAAUUGA